GCGCCCCCGCUCCACCUGUGCGCGUUCUGGUCGCCUGGGACGCGGCGCCCACAGGCGGAGGCCAGGUGUUAGGGACCUUGGGUCCCGGGAUCCAGGAGGCGGAGGCGCGCGAGCGGGCAUGCGCAGUGGGCGGAGGCGGCGGCGAUGGCCCGGGGAGGCGGGGGGACCGCUGUUUAUUUGCAGCUGGGCCACCGCGGCGGCCGAGCACGGGGCGCCCGGGCGGGGACAGUGGGCGCGCGAUGUCCGAGCCACGCAGACUGCCGCGCACCCGGGCCCCAGCCGGGGAGGAUGCGCGCCGCUCGGGAGCGGCCGUGCGGGCGGCGCGAUGCUGGUGACCCGCGGGGACCGCGGCGGCGGGGAGCGCGCGCCCUCGCGGCGCCCGCGCUGCGGACUGGUUCCGGCCGGAGCCGCGGCGCUGCUAGCCGGGGCCAGCUGCUUGUGCUACGGGCGCUCGCUGCGGGGCGAGUUUGUGCACGACGACGUGUGGGCGAUCGUGAACAACCCCGACGUGCGGCCCGGGGCCCCGCUGCGCUGGGCCGUUUUCGCCAACGACUUCUGGGGCAAGGGCCUGGCGGACAGCACCAGCCACAAGUCCUAUCGGCCGCUGUGCGUGCUGUCCUUCAGGCUAAACAUAUUUCUGACUGGCAUGGACCCUUUCUACUUCCAUGCGGUGAAUGUCAUUCUGCACUGCCUGGUGACCCUCGUGCUGAUGUACACCUGUGAUAAGACCGUCUUCAAGAACCGCGGGCUGGCUUUUGUCACCGCCCUGCUCUUCGCGGUGCACCCUGUCCACACGGAGGCGGUGGCUGGCAUCGUGGGCAGAGCCGAUGUGUUAGCAUGUCUGCUGUUCCUGCUGGCCUUUCUUUCCUACCAUAGGAGUCUGGAUCGGGGCUGUGCAGAGCAGAGCGUUCCCCCGACGGCUUCUCCCUUCUUUCUGCUGCUCAGUUUGUUCCUGGGGACCUGUGCCAUGCUGGUCAAGGAGACCGGCGUGACCGUGUUUGGAGUGUGCUUGGUUUACGACCUCUUCUCCCCGUCCCACAAGCAGGAUAAGUUGAGCAAUGGGGUGAUCUGUCAGCACAGCCCACAGCAGCCGGGCAACUCCCAGCCCUCCUCUCACCAUGCCCACCCCCACCGUGAGAGCAGAAAACAGCGCUUCCCACACAGAGACGUUUGGGGAGGCUGCCAUUCACCAGUGCCACCAGAGCCCAAGAGCCGCAGGUUCCCUGUGUCCCCAGGAGCAGUGUGGUCCCUCAUGAGGUGUCUGACAGGAAGCAGCAACGGGAAUUUCCUGCUUACGCUGAGACCGUUUUUAAAGCGGGCCGUUUUGGUCAUCAGUUAUGUGACGGUCAUUUUGUAUUUCCGCCUGUGGAUAAUGGGAGGAACUAUGCCCCUCUUCUCGGAGCAGGACAACCCCGCUUCGUUUUCACCUCACCUCCUUACAAGGUUCCUUACCUAUUCCUACCUCCUGGCCUUCAAUGUGUGGCUUCUGCUGGCACCCAUCACCCUGUGCUACGACUGGCAAGUGGGCAGUAUUCCUCUGGUGGAGACCGUAUGGGAUGUGAGGAACCUUGCUACCAUCCUGCUGGCAGUGGUGAUGGCCUUACUGAGCCUGCACUGCAUGGCGGCCUUCAAGAGGCUGGAGCACAAGGAAGUGUUGGCCGGCCUGCUGUUCCUCGUGUUCCCGUUCAUUCCAGCCAGCAACCUCUUCUUCAGGGUGGGCUUUGUGGUGGCCGAGCGAGUCCUGUACAUGCCUAGCAUGGGCUACUGCAUUCUCUUCGUGCAUGGACUGAACAAGCUGUGUGCUGGGCUGAGCCGGUGUGGGGCCACCUCCCUGAUGGCAUCUACUGUGUUACUGCUCCUGCUUUUUUCCUGGAAAACCGUGAAGCAGAAUGAAAUCUGGUUGUCGAGAGAGUCCUUAUUCAGGUCUGGAGUUCAGACUCUGCCCCACAAUGCGAAGGUUCAUUACAACUACGCCAACUUCCUAAAAGACCAAGGCCGGAACAAGGAAGCCAUCUACCACUACAGAACCGCCCUCAAGCUGUACCCACGCCACGCAAGUGCCCUGAACAACCUGGGGACGCUGACAAAGGACACUGCCGAAGCGAAGCUGUACUACCAGAGGGCCCUGCAGCUGCAUCCGCAGCACAACCGUGCCCUUUUCAACCUGGGCAAUCUCCUGAAGUCCCAGGAGAAGACAGAAGAAGCCAUCGUGCUGCUGAAGGAGUCCAUCAAGUAUGGGCCGGAUUUCGCCGAUGCCUACUCCAGCCUGGCUUCCCUCCUGGCUGAGCAGGCAAGAUUUAAGGAAGCAGAGGACGUCUACCAGGCUGGAAUAAAGAACUGCCCAGACAGCUCAGAUCUGCACAACAACUAUGCGGUUUUCUUAGUUGACUCUGGCUCUCCAGAGAAGGCUGUGGCUCACUACCAGCAGGCCAUCCAGCUCAACCCAAGCCAUCAUGUGGCCGUGGUGAACCUGGGCCGACUCUACAGGUCCUUGGGCGAGAACAGCGUGGCUGAGGAGUGGUACAAACGUGCCCUGCAGGUGGCCCACACGGCUGAGGUCCUGUCACCUUUGGGAGCACUCUAUUACAACACGGGCCGACACAAGGAGGCGUUGGAAGUGUACCGGGAAGCGGUCUCUCUCCAGCCUUCCCAGAGGGAUCUCCGCCUGGCCCUGGCACAGGUUUUAGCAGUGAUGGGUCAGACCCAGGAAGCUGAAAGGAUGACCAGUCGCAUAGUGUCGGAGGAACCCAGAUGCCUGGAAUGCUACCGCCUCCUGUCGGCGAUUUACAGCAAGCAGGAGCAGCAUGAGAAGGCACUCGAGGCCAUAGACGGAGCUCUUCAGCUGAAGCCCAGGGACCCGAAAGUCAUAUCUGAACUUUUCUUCACAAAAGGGAACCAGCUGAGAGAGCAGAGCCUUCUGGACGAGGCUUUUGAGAGCUAUGAAGCUGCCGUAACCUUGGAUCCUGACCAGGCACAGGCGUGGAUGAACAUGGGAGGCAUCCGGCACAUCCAGGGAAGCUAUGCGUCUGCCAGGGCCUAUUAUGAGAGAGCCCUGAGGCUGGUCCCAGACAGCAAGCUACUGAAGGAGAACCUAGCCAAGCUGGAUCGCCUGGAGAGACGGUUACAGGAAGUCCGAGAAAGGGACCAGACCUAGCUCCUGGCACACAGUCACGCGGGACUCAGCAGGCUGAAAGAAGACAGAGAGGCCUUGCUCACAACAGCAGGCUCUGCCUCCCGGUGGCACAGGGAGACAGCUGUUGGUGACCCCGCUGCUAGGGUUGUUUUCCAGGAAGACAAAGGGGAACAGCAAAGGGGAACAGGCGGUGUGCAGGGAAGUAACGUGUGUGCUUUAUGGGCUCCGUCUGUGUCACUCCCAGUCCCCAGGAUGCAGAUGUGGAACAUCAUGGUAGCCCAGAAACACAGAGGAGACAGCCUCCUCUGAAGUCGGCCCAGGGGGAGUCCAGAGUGGGUGAAGAGCUUUGGUUGUCUUGUGAAGGCAUGGGAGCAGAGCACUUGAUCACUGGGCUUGGUCUAAUAUCCCCUAAGAGUACCACUAAGGACCUUUGGAGAAGUACAUUAAAUUCCACUCUGAUAUACAUUUUUCAGUGCCUAAAACACGGGCGAGGUUCUAGAGUUGUAUGUGGGUAUCUUUAUCUCUCCAGGAAAAAUCUCCCUGAGCAGUAAACAAAAAACAACAACGAAAAAAGCUCAGCAUCCUUGUUUUGUUACGGAAAUGUUUUUAAAUGUUUGAAUUGUAUUCCAGAUAUUACUAGAGUUGUGUCUCCACCCUGAAACUUCUCAGUGCAUACACCAGGAGACUGCCACCCUGGCUGCCCAGGCGUGGAGUGGCGGGGUGCGGGGUGCAUUCUGCGAGGAAGUGUUCGAGGGCCAGUCUAGAGAAGUGCUCGCCUUUAUUCUCUUAAGGUCAAGAUGUCAUGAGAUUUAUUAUUUUUGAGAGAUAUAUUUGAGCAUUGAGGAACCUUUACAGUGUGUUGCAGAAUUCCUCACGGACUGAGUUGAGGGAAAAGAGCUCUAUUUAUUGACUUUCAAGGUUUACUGGGAAUUUUGUGCUUAAGAGACAAGUGACUGACAGCAGACUCCACGGAGAAUGCUCUAUAACUCUCGGGUAAAGUCUAGAUUCACAGUUUUUUAAAAAAAUAUAUUUAUAUUUAAAAACGAGGAAGGCAAAGUUGAAAUCAUAAUUUGACAUUAUUUUUAGUGUUAUUUAUUGUAUAACUUAUAAAAUGUUUAAUAUAUAUAUCCACACGUGUGGUUUUGUCUCUGUACAUAGUCAUUUUAAUAGCAGCUCUCAAAACCAAUCAUAUAAAAACUGCGUAAUAAGAAAGCUUUAACAAUCGCCCCAAAUUAUACUGGUUGUAUGCCACUUAAAGCUAAUGGAAUCACGGGUCAGCUCCGUGUUUGGGUAGUCAGUGAAGGGGUUGGAGCACCUGCUUCUAACUGGAUACUUAUCACUGAAAGCAGAAACCCGAAGGUCAUCCAGGCCUUGCUGCCAAGCCAGGUGUCACACAAACAUCUCACCUGUCCAGCCAGACCAGAGGAGCCCAGCACCAGGAGGCGGGCUUCUGCGUGUUAUCUUAUUUUAUUUUAUGGCAGGUAAGUUAAAAUAAGUGGCUGAAAAUUUAUUUGAAAAGGCAUGGUGAAGCCAGGUAGUGGUGGUGCACACCUUUAAUCCCAACACUUGGAAAGCAGAGGUAGGCGGAUGAAUCUCAGUGAGCCCAGCCUGGUGCACAGAGUGAGUUCCAGGACAACCAGGAAACCCUGUCUCAAACCCUCCACCCUCCAAAAGGGCAUUUGCCCCAGUGCUCCCCUGCUCUUGGGGCCAGCAUGUGUCCCUGUCACCUGAAGUCUGGAAUCAGCUGCCAGCGUCACAUAUCACAGAGUGAUCGGAAUCUUAUUUUCUUCCAUCAAAGGUCAAAAAUAUGUACUAUAGUGCUUGCUAUAAAAUAAUUCCAAAGCCGGGCGGUGGUGGCGCACGCCUUUAAUCCCAGCACUCGGGAGGCAGAGGCAGGCGGAUCUCUGUGAGUUCGAGGCCAGCCUGGUCUACAGAGCUAGUUCCAGGACGGGCUGCAAAGCCACAGAGAAACCCUGUCUCGAAAAACCAAAAAAAAAAAAAAAACAAAAAAAAAUUCCAAGCCUCUAGUUUAGAAAGCAGGGGUCUUUGGCAACACCUUAGUACCUCUCUUUAGAGCAGUAUUUACCAAAGUGGGUGUAUUAAAAACUAGCGGGACAGAUGGAACCACAGAGUUUGAUAUAGCUUCGCCUUAUGUGAAUUGCUACAAAAGGUCUCAGUGUAAAUUUGUUGGAGUAACUAAAAAGGCAACUAUAACAUAAAUGUUUCCCAGGAGAAAAAGCCAGGUGGCACCUAGGAGGCUGCUUCAUGGGUCCUCUCUCCUUCCUCAUUUGUCUGCCUACUUUGGCAUCUCCCUGAGCAGUAAAAACACACACUGCUUAAAAAGAAGAGAAGUCAGCCCGCGUUGUGGGCUCGGAUGUUAAAUGAGCCAAGGAGAGUUUCCUUGGUAGAUAGGUUGCCUGGGAGAAAGUCAGUCGCGAAGUGUUUUCUCAAAGCUGGCUGAGUGUAUCUUGUAGCAGGCUGUUUGGUCCUUGUCACGUGGGAUAAUGCAUGGGAGUCGUCCUUUUACGGUAGAAACGAAGAACCUAGCUUGUUGUGAAAACGCAUCUGGUUUACCACCAGCAGGCUUUGGUCUGUGAGUGACUGGAGAGCUCUUUCUGAAACCUAGGGGUGGAGCUGGCUUAGUGCACGCAGAUCCUCUGCUGGCGAUUCUGACAUCGUUAUUGUUGGUGCUGAGAACAAAGCACUUUCUGGCUGAGCUCCGGCCUCAGCUAAAUUAUUCUGAGGGUUUGCUUGUGUUUUUAAGAAAGGGUCUAGCCUGGGUCUCAGAGUGCUGCACCAUGCCCAGGGGAAGAAGGAGGAGUUGCUUUGCCUGGGCUGAGCCCCAGCAUGGUGUUCUCAGGGUUCUUUCCUGAGUUACACAUAGAGCCCUUCAUCCCGAGCCCCUCCCCCACCAUUCCCUGUCAGUCCUGCCUGUCACCCUUGUCAUGAAGCCCAGUGGCAGUUCAUUCUUGUGCCCUUUGACAUAGGAGCUAUAGGAGUGACCGGUGGCUUAUUUUAAAUUUGGGAAUUAUUCAAUUAGUAUUUUUCAAAGUGAUUCAAAUGUUUCAUGUUAUUAGUGUCUUUUGGUUAGGUGGUGGAACUCAGGCAAAUGAACCAAAAAUGCAGAAACUAUGGGGGAAUAGAUGCUUUUGUGAGGACUGGAGGCCUUGUUUGUUUGUGUGUUUCUGGGGCUAGAACUCCAUCCAUGCAAGGCAAGCCUUCCAUUACUGGCCACCAGAGACAUCUCAGUCCUGGGCUUGUUAAUUCUGAAAGUUGACACAAAGCAGAGAGGUGUCUGGUGUUCAUCAGCAUGCAGGUUCCCUUCUGAAGUCUGCAGCAGAAUUUCACAGAUAUUUUUCAGCUUUCGGACAAGACCAAAUAAAAAUUCCAAACCACACUGCAGCGACCUGAGGUGACCAAACUGAGGAGGAGAAAAAACAAAGGUCCCGUUUCUAGUGAUUGUUAGCAGAUAGGCUGAAUCCUUCUGAUUAGAGAGCAGCUGGGCUAGUAGGAGGCCUUCCCCCUGCCCAGGGUCUCUCCACCCUAGCUGCCCUUGGAGAACUGUGAGCAUUCUUCCAAACUCCCUGAGACCCAGUGCUCUGCCGAUAGCAAAGUCCUGCAGGACUGAUGCUUUAAUGAGGCUUACAGCUUCUACCAAGCAGAUGGGGAAUAUGAAUUUUUUAUUUCUAGCUACUGGACCAAAGUGAGCCAAGGAAUUCUAAAGGAUGGGUCAUCACAUUCCUAGGCUGACCGGCAGGUGACUGAGUAGGGUGGCUUUGUGCAUGUGGUGACUGGUCUAUAAUGUGUUCUUCUCUUUAGAAAAUGCUUGGGUGUCAAAGGGAGAGACGGCAGGGGUGGCAGCUGGUCUGUAAUGUGUCCUUCUCUUUAGAAAAUGCCAUUUGCACACAGCAGGCAAGAGCCAAGGCUAGAAAGUAAACAACAACAACACAAACAAACCAAACCCCUGAUAUCUUUUUAUUCUUAGAGGGUGUCCACGGCACAGAGAUUGCCUCUUUCUGCCUGGCACACAGACCCUGGGCUUUCCUGUUUAGUUCUUGAUUGCACUUACUAAAACCUGUUUUUGAUGAGCUGGGUGUGGUGGCACACGUCUUUAUUCCCAGCAGCACUGGGGUGGCAGAGUCAGGUAGGUCUCAGUGAAUUUGAGGCCAGCCUGGUCUGCAAUAGAGCAAGUUCUAGGAGAGCCAGAGCUACACAGAGAGACCCUGUUUUGAAAAAAACCAACCAAACAAACAAACAAAAAAAAAAACUCCUUUUGACAAGGAAUCAUGGGCAAAAAUGCCUGCUCUUACCUGUGUGGAUCCACCCAGGGGAAUAAUAAACCUUUAGGAACUAAUUCGCCCAAAGCAUGCAGCUAUGGUAGAGGAGGGUUGUUUUGUCUUCUUCUUUUCCAGUCACACUUGUUGGCAUCACCGGAACACAGCAAAACCAAGCAUCCAAUGCCGUCCUUUGGGAAGUGUAGAUGCCUGUCCCACCUCCUUUCAGCCUGCAGCUGUGCGAGCUAAGGUUUUAGAAUACCAGAAACCAAUACC